AUGGAGACCUGGUUUUGGAUUCUUGGCUGGGUUCUUUCGUUUCUUGCCAUCGCUGGAAAUGGAAUAACAAUCUACCUCGUCUGCAGCAGAGGAAAUCUCCGCACCAAAACCAACGCGUUUAUUGUUUCACUUGCAGUAGCAGAUUUGUGUGUUGGUCUGAGCGUUAUUCCUUCUCUGUUAGCUUGCGACAUUACAAACACCUGCUACUGGCCUAAGGUUUUUCCUUCAUGGAUCGAUGUCAUAAGGUGGCUGUUUAGCUACUUGUCCGUUUUAAACUUGUGUUCUCUGGUGCUCGACCGUUACAUCGCCAUCAUAAAGCCUUUUAAAUACAUACCUUUUAUGACUCGAUCUCGUCUUAUUCAGGUGAUAACUUCCUGUUGGAUAGCGUCAUUUACGCUGGUUGCGCUCAAGACCGCACUUCGACUUUGCUGUGAGACCCCUCUGACCAGUAUCGUUGCAGUUGCGGUUUUAAUGAUUUGCAUGGAAAUCAUUCCUUGUAUUCUGCAGAUACUCUGUUUUGUGUCAAUGUUACUUCAUGUAUGGAAACAUGAUCAGUCAGCACGCACCCUAGCAAAACAGUUACGUUUUAACCAUCGGAUAUCUUUUAAAACCCAUCACGAGAAGUCUGCAGUAAUAAUGAUGGGUAUUGUGAUAGGAGUGUUUGUUGUGUGCUACGGAAUAUAUUUGCAUUGUAGUCUAGUUGUACUAUCAGACACAAAUGCAUCAUGUAAAGAUGAACAAUACAAAAUACCUGUCUUGGUUUUAAACUCGGCCAUUAACCCGCUGUCUUAUGCUUUUUUCAAAAGAGACAUAAAGAAAGAGUUUAAACGACUUAUCGGUAAGGUGGUUUUUAUGAAAGGUAACCAAGUAGAGCCUUCCACUUAUACGUUAGAUCAUUUUUGAAGGACCGAGAUCUUAAUAUUAGUUGGCAGAACUGCUUUUGAUGGCGGAUUGUCUCAGGCAUCGCGGGCGGCAGUUUUGGAGCCGGCAAUUCCCUGGCGGUUUGUCUAAAAUCAUAGUUUGGAAGCACUGGUGUUUAAGGAGGGUACAAGAACCAAAGGACGAUAAGAAUACAAGCCAGUAUAUGUCAGAUGCUCUCUUGAAACGAUUCCGAGGUUUAUGAAGCCAACGUCCACAGAACUGGUAGACGAAAUUUGUAAAUUAAAACAUUUUUGUUUCAGACCAAGUGACAGUAUUUCUUUUUCCUUACUUUAUUUUCUAAAAUAACUUUUGUAAUCACACGGGACGAAAAAACGGAUUUGCCGAACGUCAAAGGUGAAGUCACUAUAAAUGUUCCAGAUACACGCUGUUGUCACGGACGGCAACCUGCAAAAUAGUUUAAAACACUUGUUUCACGCAAGCCAGUGCAAAAAUCAUGGUAAGUAAGAAAUGUUCUUGAUCAGGAGCCCAUCUGUCUUGAUGUUAUCUUUGCGAAGAUUUUCAUUCUAGAGUGCUUUUGAUUCUUAAUGUAAGUGAAAGACAAACGCCAUGUAUCUAACUUCAAUAUUCCUCUGUUGUGUGUUUCGUUCCACUGGAGACUUAUCACUUUGCCUUGUUUCUUUUAUCUGUGAAAUAAUUGUAAAAGAAUAUAGCAAUUUGAGAUAAAAAAUUCAGUCAUAGUGUUUCAAAUAAAUUUUUCGGCCCCACUCCCUUUUUACUAUCGCUCCUUUUCUGCAGAAAAUUCCCCUUUCUCUUUACCUUUAUCAAAACUUAAAGAUCCGGUUAAAAAUGUGUAGCGAACCUAAUGCUUCUGAAUGGGAACAUUACAUUUCGUGUACAUGCAUUGUCAUUAAGUUCGUCAUUUGUGAAAUUUGACGUUUGAAUCGAGCCUUAUUAUCACUUAAUUAAGUCCAGGAAAAUUCAAUGAAAAUUUCCUUCCAUGCCCAAAGCUUAAAAUUAAACUAAAGAAACACUUUACAUUAUACCUAGCCUGCAUAACAAACGUUUCCAAUAGAGUUAUUGCGCGAGUUAGCCCCUCCCGGCCCCUCCUUCCUCUUUUUUUACCCUCUACAAACUUAGUCUCUUGCAGAAAACUCGCGCGGAAAAGCUUGCUACGCAGGCUAUUUUUAAAGUUAUUGUCCAGUCACAAUAAAGAAGGGACAGCUCGGUAUGUUUGAAUGAUUAUUAUUAUAUGUUGAAACAUACCUAGCUGCCAUUGUGGUGGCACAAAAAUCAAUGGAAUAUUUUAAAAAUUAUGCAGCCUGAGCCCCAUUACGUAUAGAACCCGGAAAAAUCAAUAGAAAGAGAUACUUACGUCUGUAAAACAUCCGAAGUCUUCAAAUAACCACACUUCUUUGUUUGAUAAACUGCACUGAAUCCUGUUCAAAUAAGCUUAUGUACUUUCUUUAGUAAUAUGCCCAUCAAAGUCUGGUACAGAUAUUUUUAUUGAAGUACACUGUCCAUGAAAAAUAUAUAUGUAAGUCUUAUAUUAUUUCAUUACCCUGAAGUAGUUUUCAUAGUUAAGUAUAACUGUUAGAAAAACCAGAGUUGGUUUAUAAUCUUGUUAGUAGGUUCUCGCAUGGAGUUUUGACUUGAAUUGCAUUGUGAAAUAUAAGCCAGCUAUUACUUUUGCAGAAAUGCACUAACCCUAUGAAGAAAAAAGGGCUUGAUCUAAUGUAAACCCUACUGUAAUAUAGAAAAAAUUUUAUAGUUUACUGAACCAGAUUUAACAAUCAGAAAAGUUCCCAACAGCUCCCAAGCACGACAUACACGCCUGUUCGGAGUUGGUUUCCGUAAGCUUAACACAGUAAAACAACUCUGAAGUUUGAAGAACAACUAUUGCAUGAACACAUAGAAAAGAAUGACACGUACCUUUUGAACAAGUUUGUGGUCUAAACUCUAUCUUCAGGUCUGCGUAGUUUGUUUGUUUGCUGGGGCGGAGAGUUUGCAGCCGCGACAAUUUCGCGCCAAAAACAGGGUGUCUUGCUUGGGUUCAGUCUUCCAUCGUCCAAUUGUUGAGUCAUUGUUUUGCGUCGCUGUCAUUACAUGGUACAUUGAUCGAUCAAGGAGAAAAUGAUCCACUCAAGAUAAGACAAAAAAAAAAUCACUUCGAAAAAGUACAUAUUCUAGAACAUUUUCAAAAAUAAUUAUAAAACAGCAAUUACAAUGAUUACCCGCCCGUGUUCGGUAUUGUCGUAUAAAUAUCUUUAAAACAGUAUUCAAAUACAGCUUUUUAAUUUCCUUUCUCAAUAUCAGUUUCGACAUAAGUGUUUGUAGACGUAAUUCAUUGCAUAUUUGCUCUCACUUUUCAGCACCAUUCAAGAGAGUUGUAAAAGUGUAGCGGUCGUAUUUGACUUCAUUUUUGACUAGUAUCAAAGGUAUGGUCACAGCCACUACACUUUUUGACCAAUACCAUAUUUGACUUAACUUUUGACUCGUGUCAAAAGUGCAGUAAAUUCAAUUUUUCGUCCCGUGUCAACUCUAGAUCUGUUAAGUAGUUUCCUAGAAUUUAAACAAAAAUAGAGUAAACGUUUUUGUAUUUGUGCGAGAAGAGAAUUAUAGUAUUUUUUUUUUUCCUUUCCCUGCAAACUGAUGGUUAAUUAAGCUCAUUCCAUACCAGGUGUGAAUGAAAUAUUCAAAGCUUUCGAGCCCGAUCUGUUGAUAUCUAUAUACAGGCAACAAGGAGAGUUUUUUCAGAUACCCUAUGGCGCGGCGAAAAGCCAUCUUUUUCUUACUACACAAGUUUUAAAGUAGUUUUUAACUGCCUUAAGUUUAACUGAGAAUAGUGGAAGCUUUUGUAAAUAAUUUGUGAUAAUAGUCUUAAUUUGCAGUAUAUAUAGUAGUGGAUGUAAUUUGUUUUUGUCAGUCUGAAAUUUGCUUUCCUUGUCUCUUUAAGGUGGCUCGACUGUUUUUUUUUAGGGAUUAAACUUUUCAAGUUUGAGCAUUUACUAUGUCGACAUUAACAAAGGUCUCGGAAAAAGAUUUACCACAGCUGUAUUGUAUGAAGAUGAAAAUUUGUUAUGAUGUAUGUUUUAUCGACAUUUCCGGAGUUACCGUAAUGAGGCCAUUACGUAUUUUACUUACCAUUGUAUUUCUCGGUAACAGGACUUUUUCUCAGAAAUCGCCUGAGGGAGCUUGUACCUUCCUUCACUAUCUAAAUAGUCCAGUUUCGAAUUCGUCGCGGCCGCUGAAUGGAAGCACUGAGAACUCGUUUAGACAGUGCUAGCCUUGACCUGAGGUAAAUAUAUUCGCAAAUUCCAGUCAGAAGAAGACCUGUGUUCAACUGUGUCUAUUGUUUCAAACUCCAAUUCAGGCACCUUCUUCUCGCCGGUACCGUAUUUAUUCGAAUAAGCGCCCAAUCUUGAAUUAGCGCCCACCUCGAAUAAGCGCCCAUCCUAAAGGCAGAAAAAGUUAAUAAGCGCCCAGCCUCGAAUAAGCGCCCACCCUACCCUACCCUCUUGCCCCUCACACCCCCCAAAUUGAAUAAGCACUAAUAAGAGACUUCCCCGAAGACGGAGUUUUCUUCAGAGUAUUUUACAGAAACCUUGCUUUGUUACAUCUUCGCGUUUUGUUUUUACUAUUUACUGUUUUGUUGCAAAAUAAACAUACUGCACUUGCUGAAGUGUUGAAAAUUUAAUAAGCGCCCAGCCUCGAAUAAGCGCCCACCUCGAAUAAGCGCCCACUCUCAAGGUCCAAAAAUUUAGUAAGCGCCUAGGGCGGUUAAUCGAGUAAAUACGGUAUUUGUAAAUAUUUUUCCUUAAAAUUGCAGGUUGUAAAUUGUAAAUUGUAAUUUGUUUUCCCACGAAGCACUUAGGAGUUCUUAUAAACUCGUUUAAACGUGUCUGAGCGUUCAAGAUAGAAUUAGAAUUUGGAAGUGUUGGUUUUUGAGGAAAAGGGAAAACCGGAGUAUCCGGAGAAAAACCUCUCGAAGCAAAGGAGAGAACCGAACAACAAACUGUAACUACGUUUGGAGUUGACGCCUGGAUUUGAACCCUGGUCACAUUGGUGAGUUGGUGAGGCCUUCCAAGGGGGUUCUGAUGUCGCUUUGUCGCUCAUUUUCCAAUCCACCUGUCGCCUAUUUGGCUAGAGACAAACGUCACUGUAGUAUUUUCGCUACAAACAAUUGUCGCUGUCGCUUUUUCGCUCGAAUACAAAUGUUCGCUAAAUGUGUCACCUUUUUCGCCCCGGUUACACGAACGUAAGGGUAAUUUUCAUUCAAAUUCUGUUGAAAUCAUGCCGACAAAGAAAUGUUAAUAUUGGUUGCUAAGGAAGCCCAACAGCAAAUAGGAGAGACAAGUUGCUUGUGGCUGGAACAAUAUUAAAAUCGUUUCAUGCCGAAUGAAUAAUAAUACCUUCCAAUUUAGCCGUUCGAAAUAAAAAUGCAGUAGAAGACAUUUAACUAAACAAUAUUGUUAGCUGAUUGCUAACUGAGCUAGUGAAACAGUUGUUAAAGAUCAUAUCGACACCCCAGGCGUCUUGCGCCAUGUAUAUAUAUAUAUAUAUAUAUAUACUGAUAUAUAUAUAUAUAUAUACAUUGAAAGGUCUUAUAGUAACAAGGUUUUAUACUAAAAAACUGUUAGGCAAGAAGUUUUUGUCAAGAGGGUGUUUUUUUCCACAGUUGAACUGCCUUUAAAAAAUUUUCGACAUUGUGUUUCUGUUUCACAUCGUGAUCAGUUUAUUUUUUUUUCCUUGCUCUAUUUAUUAACUGAAAACCUUUGCAUACUCUAUUUAGUACAGCAGUGGAAUUAAACGGAACAGACUGCAUGCAUGGGCAGAUUAUUACCGUGAUGCUGCUGGCUCAUGUCUGUCUUGUUUUAUUUUCUCGCUUAGGAAUAAAUAACGACAACGGCGGAAACGUUCUCAGGCAAAUUUAGUGAUAUUAGAGACAGCCUUUUUAUUUAUGCACUUUUGUGGUAAUUUGUAGUAGACCUGUCGCAAUUUGUAAGAAACAUGUCGGCCGCAAUUUAGGCUAAAGAGAAGGUACAUUUCUUUUAAUUAGCUAAGGUCUCGGUUAAUUCCAUCUGUUAUAAUUGACAGACCAGACCGGUUUAGUUGUAAAGAGAAUAUUUAAAAUCCCGCCAGAUAAGAGCUAUUUAGAUUAAGAUCGGCAAUGUUGGAGUGUCCCUUUCCAUUUGACAAAAUUGUUGUCUCAAAUACCACUCUUUUGUAGAAACAAUAACCAAACGCGCCGUUGCUUUGGUCGGGUCGAUGUAUAGUUACAUUGGGCAAGGGAAUUUCCAACAUUUUAACCGGAAUUUUUGUUGUAUUGAAAGCGCCCAUUGGCUUUGAAUUACAGCGGUUAAGGCACGCAACUAUCCUCAUUUUCCUACCAACUGUGCUAUUACAGCUCGGUCAGUUACCUACUGCGCAUGCGGAACACAUAAUUAUUAGAAAUUACCAAGUUUAUGACAAAGUAGGUCAAUAAAAAGGACUUCAGUCUAGUAACAUACAUCUGCCAGUGAAUAACUCACAACCUCCUGACACUUUUGCGAAGAGGAUAUUUUUCUUUUAUCUGUAGUUAAUAAGAACUUCUCUUAACUGCCGUUAGUACGGAUGGAGACCUGGUUUUGGAUUCUUGGAUGGGUCCUUUCCUUUCUUGCCAUCACUGGAAAUGGAUUUGUAAUCUUCCUCGUCUUCAGCAGACGAAAUCUCCGCACCAAAACCAACGCGUUUAUUGUUUCACUUGCAGUAGCGGAUUUUUGUGUUGGUUUGAGCGUUGUUCCUUCUUUGUUCGCAUGCGACGUUACAAACACCUGCUACUGGCCUAAGGUUUUUCCUUCAUGGAAAGAUGUCGUAAGGUGGCUGUUUAGCUACUUGUCUGUUUUAAACUUGUGUGCUCUGGUGUUCGACCGUUAUAUCGCCAUCGUAAAGCCUUUUAAAUACAUAACUUUUAUGACUCGCUCUCGUGUUAUUCAAGUGAUAACUUCCUGUUGGAUAGCGUCAUUUACGCUGGUUGCGUUCAAGACCGCACUUCGGCUUUGCUGUGAGACCCCUCUGACCAGUAUCGUUGCAGUUGUGGUUUUAAUGAUUUUCAUGGAAAUCGUUCCAUGCGUAAUGCAAGUACUCUGUUUUGCGUCAAUCUUACUUCAUGUAUGGAAACAUGAUCGGUCAGCACGCACCCUAGCAAAACAGUUACGUUUUAACCAUCGGAUAUCUUUUAAAACCCAUAACGAGAAGUCUGCAGCAAUAAUGAUGGGUAUUGUGAUAGGAGUGUUUGUUGUGUGCUACGGAAUAUAUUUGCGUUGUAGUCUCGUAGUACUAUCCGACACAAAUGCAUCAUGUAAAGAUGAACAAUACAAAAUUCCUGUGUUGGUUUUAAACUCGGCCAUUAACCCGCUGUCUUAUGCUUUUUUCAAAAGAGACAUAAAGAAAGAGUUUAAACGACUUAUCAGUCUGGUGGUUUUUAAGAAAAGUAACCAAGUAGAGCCUUCCACUUAUACGUUAGAUCAUUUUUGA